GCAGGGUCAUGAAAAAGCGGCGGCGGCGGGAGAGAGGAGGAAGAGGUGGUGGGGGUGUUAAACUGCGGUAGCUACCUGCUGGGCUGGUGGUGUGGUUUGUGGGGAAGGCGCAGUUUUCAGCCCUCUUUCUGGGCAGCAGCCGGGGCUCGGGGUUGAGAGCGGCGGUGGAGCCGCCUCCCCGGGCCCCCUGGCUCCGCCAUGUUCCGCAGGGCACGCCUUAGCGUGAAGCCGAAUGUCAGGCCAGGUAUAGGCGCCAGGGGCUCUACCGCCCCCAAUCCCCAGCGUGGACAGGAUUCUCCCAGGCCGCCGGAGCCUGCGGCUGACUCUGCUUCGAAGUCAACAGAACCUAUAGAUGUACCGACGCUGGAUUUGGGGCGAGCGGAGUCUCAAGAAAAGCCUCCAAGGAGCAGCAGCGAUGAAAAGAUUGGUGAUGAGAAAGAUGUUGAAGAAUCCAAUAAAUCUUCCUGUAUUGUUUCCCACAAAAGAAAGCGAAUGCCAAGUACUUCUAGUCUUGUUAAACCUAGUGUUAGUUUUCCUUCAGAAUCUCCUCCCUUAUCCACAGUUAACCAAGAAACUCCACAGCCAAACCCCAGUCCAACAAAAGAGAAGCAGCCAUGCUCAGAUAGAUAUCGGAUAUAUAAAGCCCAGAAACUGAGGGAAAUGUUAAAAGAAGAAUUGAGGAAAGAGAAGAAGCAAUGGAAAAACAAAUAUGCUAUAAGUGAAAGUCAGAAGCUACGAGAUCGUUCAAAAAUGACUAUGAGAGACCUCAUUUAUUACCUGCCAGAUAACAAUCCAAUGACUUCUUCACUGGAACAAGAAAAGAAAAUGGAAAAGUCAUUGCCUGCAGUCCAGACAAGAGAGCAAGAAGGUAAGAGUACUCCUGAUGCGGAAGAUGAUGAAGAACUGGAAGAAGAGACAGAUGAUGGGCCAUUGCUGGUUCCUCGAGUGAAAGUGGCAGAAGAUGGUUCUAUUAUUUUAGAUGAAGAAAGUUUAACUGUAGAAGUUUUAAGGACAAAAGGCCCCUGUGUUGUUGAAGAAAAUGACCCCAUAUUUGAGCGUGGUUCUACAACUACAUAUUCCAGCUUUAGGAAAAACUAUUACUCUAAACCCUGGUCAAAUAAAGAAACAGAUAUGUUUUUUUUAGCCAUCAGCAUGGUGGGAACUGACUUUUCCAUGAUUGGACAGCUUUUUCCUCACAGAGCAAGGAUAGAAAUUAAGAAUAAAUUUAAACGUGAGGAGAAAACAAAUGGAUGGAGAAUAGACAAAGCAUUCCAGGAAAAGCGUCCUUUUGACUUCGAUUUUUUUGCUCAUUUGCUUCAGAAAGUUCUUGCUGAAGAAGAGAAAAGAAAACAAAAGUCUACUAAACAUCACAAUUUAAAGGAGAAGAAAUCCUCCAAACCACGGAAAAAUGUAAAAGUGAAAAAAGUUGCCUGUGAAGAAGUGAAUAAUGAUCCAGAUGAGUCUGUGAGUGCUAUAAUUUCAGACUCAGAAAGAUUGCCAAAGGAUACUCAGCCAGCUGAAGAAGAAGAAGAGUCUCUGACUUUAUCAGGGCAAGAUUCAGAACAGGUUGCAUUAAAUCAGAAGAAAAGGAGAAGGAAGAAUCAAGAAGAAGCUAAUGAACAGGAAAUAAACAAUGCUGCAGGAAAUGCCACUGUUCACUCAAGCCCUUCUGAAGGAGAAAAACGCCAGACUAACUGUCAGUCUUUAAAGCCUGAGGUAAAUGAAGAUGAAUGCAAUAAGAAACAGCUUUCCUGUGUACAAAACAUAGAUGACAUUGCAAGUUUAGCCUCCAAUGAAAAAGUUGAGAAAAUAACUGACCCCAGCCUUGCAUCAAGUAAUCAACAAGGUGCUAUGUCAGGAGCACCUGAGUCUUCAGAACUAAGCACAUCAGAUUUGCCUUCAUUAGAACUUGGAAUUAGGGCGUUGUGUAAAGUGAACAAUGCUGACAGUAGUUGCCCAGAAGAAAGAAAUAUUGACCUAAAGAAUACAUCUCUGGAAACGGAUCAAACGGAAAAUGUUAAGCCCGUGUUAAGAGGUCGACUUCAGAGACCUAAACCUAAUUUAUCAAGGGCAAUUGGGAAGAAAUCAGUUCUUUCAAAAGGCAAAACAGAUUCAGAGAGCAAGAAUUCACAUCCUGAAGCUUCAGUUGAUAAGAAUCACAUGGAAAAGGAUAAAAUGAAUACAUCUGACAUUUCUGGAAUGGAGAAUACAGAGAGAGAGAAUCCAGAAGCUAAGACUCCAUCUAAUUUGAGUGAAAAAAAUUAUUUGCAGGAAGAUAAUCAACCGAAGGCUCUUAGAUCUGCAAGAGUAAUGAGGGGCCGAUUGCAAAGGCUAAAGCCAAAUGUAGGUAAAGCUGCUGAAAAAAAAGAAAUUUUUGCAUCACAAGAAAAAAUUGAGGCCCAUGUAGAUAAGAAUGAAAAUGAAUCCUGUACUAAUAGAGAUAUUUCCCAACAAAUAGAUCAAUUGUGUAAAAAUUUUGAAUGUGAAGAUGUUACAUCACAGCCUGCAAAAAAAGAUUCUUUUCAAGGUGUGCAGCUAGAAGAGCUAAAGGUUCUUAAUGAAUGUAUAAACAUUCACGAGGAUAAUAAAGCAGCUCCACUCAAACAAGUCCCAAUUCGAAGGCCUCGAUUUCAGAAACCAAAGCCAAACAUAGGAAGAGGAACUGGAAGAAGAGAAAUUUCCUCAAAGGAGGUGGCAUCAGAGGAGAUUCUUGUCUCUGGGGAAGGAACAGCAGCUUUGAGAGAACCUGUGGAGAUUAAUAUUGCUAAGGAAAUGGAGUCUAACUUAAAAGAAACUGAAAGAAGUGAUGUUUCUCCUGGAGAGAAGAUACCAGAAGUAACUGAUGUCAUCAUGGAAGUGGAGACAGGUUUAGCAACUGGAAGAAAUAUAUCUCCAAGGGAGAAGAUACCAAUGGUGAUUGAAGCCACUGAGGAAAGAGACACAGAUUUGGAAGAAACAGGAAGAAGAAAAAUAUCCCCACAAGAAAAUGGGCCAGAGGAGGCUAAAAUUACAUGUGAAAUGGAGACAGAUUUGAAAGAAACUGCAAGAGAGAUGCCCACAAGAGAGAUGAUACCAGAGCUGAUUGGUAUCACAGCUGAGAGAGAGAGAGAUUUGGAAGAAACUAAAAGAAGAGAAAUAACCACAGGGGUAAAGGUCCCAGAGGAGCUUAAAAUUAUAGGUGAAAUGGAAACAGAUUUUAAAGAAAUUCAGGGGAAAAUUUCCCAAAGGGAAAAGGCAAUAGUGGAGGUCAUUGCCAUAGAGGAAGGGGAAAUUGACUUAAAGGAAACUGGAAAAAAAGAGAUUUCCUUGAUGGAGAAGCCAUCAGAAAGGAUGGCAGUCAUUGAAGAAAUGGAGGCAGAUUUUGAAGAAAGUGGAAGGGAAAUUUCCAUGAGGGAGAGAGGAUCUGAAGAGAUCUGUGUUACUAAGGAGAUGGUGGCUGAUUUGGAAAAAAUGGGAAAAAUGGACAUUUCUCCAAGAGAAAUUGAACCAGAGGAAGCUGGUACCUCAAGACAAACUGAGCCGAGUUUAAUGCAGAGCAGCAGUGGGGACUGCAGUGCUAUGCUUUCACUAGAUAUAAAAAAUAUUAGCCAUGAAGUACUAUCGGUGAUGCAUACAUCUAUAGAAGAAAAAAGUAAUUCUGAAAAGGACUUACCAAGUCACUUCGAGACUUCUUCACAGACUUCUGAAUUUGAUAAAACAGAAGACCUGGUGAUCCAACCUCCAGAGGUUCCAGAGCAGUUUUCAGAUGUUAAUAUAAGCAAAUCUCUUCCUCAAGAACAGAAGCCACUCGAAGUUAAGCCAGCACCUUUUGUGAGAAGUCGAUUCAAAAGACCAAGACCAAACUUAGCAAGAGCAGCUUCAAAGAGAGAGACUGUAGAAGCAAAAAAAAAUGUAUGUGGGAAGGAAUCCAAAACUGAUAAAACGGAGACUAUUGUGAUACAAAAGAACAGUGAACCAAAUAAUACUCUCCCUUCUCAACAUGAUAAGGCUUCCCCAAUGGCACAAAGAGAAGAUGACACAUCAGGUCAAAUGGAAGAAGAGACUGUGAUAUUACCAUGUACACAGACGGAAAAGGACCUUUCACCUUCAAAUUCUUGUGAACCUAAAGAGGAGUCUCUGUUAACACAAGCCAAGGAAGAUGAUUUAGUUGUUUCUACAAGGAGUCAUAAUAUAAACACUUUCCAAGAAGAAGCCAAGGAAAGUGUUAUCCGAAGUCCUCAACCAAUAAGGGGUCGACUUCAGAGACCCAGACCAAAUGUAAGAAGGGCUGGACAGAGGCAAAUAGUAGAAAAAGGUGAAGCCAAAAGCAUAAUUAAGGAAGAAAGAGCAGUACUACAGAAAGAUGAAAUUAAUAAUAAAGAUCUUAUUACGUCAGAUUCUCAAAUUGGAACUGAAGUUACCUCCUCCAAAGUUUCAGAAUGUGGAAUGCAUGAAAAUCAAAAUGACAUGGUUCUUGUAGAAAACAUUCAUGUUAACAAAAUAAAUGUCUUAGAUGGAAAGACGAGACAUGGAAAUGAACCCUAUGUUUCUAGUCCCUCCCAAAUGAUAAGAAGGAGAUUUCAAAAGGCUAAGCCAAAUUUGGGAAGAGCACAUGGUAAGAAAGGGAAGCCAGAUAUAGGAAAAGGCACAACAGAUCAGAGUGAGGCAAGCAAGCCAGAAGAUAAUUUACUUCAGCAAGGAGAUUCUGACACCCAGCUCCUUCUAAAAGAAAAGGUGGAGUUCUUGAGCUCUCUGGAGGUUUCAGCAAGAAAUGAUUGCAUAGGUUCCAACGAGUCAGAUUUGGCCCCCAAACAUGCUGAAUUAGAAGAAGUGGGACCAUUGAGAAGAGUUGGACAGAAAACUGUAGGAGAUAAUUGUAUGACUUCAAUCAUUGAAGAGCAGUAUCUCAAUAAACUAACAAGCCGUCCACAACCAUUGAAAGGAUCAAAUUCCUCUAAAAUUGCUUCUGAUCAAAGAACUAUUUCUAAUGCAUCUGAGUGUGAGAUAGAUCAUAAUGAAAAGAGAAUGCAUAGAAAGAUUAAACCAAAUGUCACCAAAGGGCGUGGAUCAAAACGAAUUCGGAGUAAGACCUCUAAGAAGGAACCUAGAGCUUCUAAGGCCACGCUGGUGACUCUUCGGGCUUCCCAGGAAGAAGAUGAAGAUGAUGCUGAAGAUUUUGAGCCUGACUAUGAAGAAGAAAGCUAUCAUCUUGCUCCAGAAGAAGUAAACAAAGCUCCAGUUUUUGUUCCUAUUGGUCUCAGAUCACCCGAACCUGUUCCUGCUCAGAUUGAGGAAACCAUGGAAGAGCUUGAAAUAACUGUGAAUAUCCCAGAUAUAGGAUGCAUGGCUGUUGUUGAGCAUCCGCUCUCAAACACAGAUGUGACUACUCAGGAAAUGAAACAAGAAGAAAAUAUGAACAUAUCAUCAUUUGAAAUGACCACAGGUGAAUACACUCAAGAUGAACCAGGUGCCAAUGAUGGAAGCACUGAAGCUGCCAUAACUUUACUUACAAUGGGAGAUCUACUAUUGCAGUCAGAGAUCACUACUGUACAGGGUGAUGUAGGAGUAUGUGUACUUCCUCAUGUUCAUUCAGAGGAUAAAAGCCAUAUUCCUUUUAGCCCAGACAGUGUACAUCAUGAAAUUCUGCACGAAUGUCAGGAGGUUUCUUUACCUGUCAUUAAUACAUUUCCUGCAUCCUUUGAAGAAAAUAAGAUUAUAUCGGAGGAGCAAAGUGCCAGAGAAGAAAGGGAUUUAAUGGAGAAAGUAAAGGAGAAUGCAACAGCAACCAGGAAUACAGCUUCUAAGAUAACGAACGAUUUGAGAAUGAGAAGUAGAUUUGCUAAGCCUAAACUAAAUCUUGAGAAAAUUUUAGGGACCCACAGGUUUGAUGCUCACGAGGAAGUUCCCAGUUUGUGUAUAACCAAAGGGGAAGAACCAGAACCUCAAAGAGAUACUGAGAAAAAUGCUUUUAAAACAACAGAAUUAGAAGAUAAAAGCCUCGGACCAGUUACAACAGCAGAGAGUAAGCAACAGAGCAAAUUGGCAUGUGUACAUGACAUCAAAGGGACCAGUAUUUCUCAAGAAGUAAACCUGACUGAAAGAAAUGAAGAUCAAGAAGUGGAAUCUCAGGUUCAGAUAUUGUCAGUUGCUCCAGCUGUUUCUUCUGAGACAGGGCCCCACACACUUGCUUUGGGUAUGGUUCUUGCUGAGAGUUCUGUUGAAGAGCCUCUCAGAAAGGAUUCUGAAGGAGACAGUGUGCCAGAGUGUUCACCAACUAGUCUUCCAGAAGUCCAACAAGAGAAUAUAAUCAAUCCUCUAGACCUUCCAGCGAAUCUAAUUCCUAAUGUACAUCAAGAUGGAGAGGAUGAACAAACAUUCAUUUUAACUCUGGUGGAAAUCCCAGCCAAUGCAGUUGAAGACUUUACAGAUACUGCUGCACAGUUAAUGCCAAACCCUUUACUGCCAGCACCCAUUUUGGUCAAAUCUAUGAAUACUGAAGAAAGGAGAGACAUGAGUAUUUGUUUACCAACAACUUCAGUUGGUCAGGAUGCCAUGGGUUUAUUUGAUUCUGGAAAAGGUGAUUCUAAAAAGCCUCCUGCUAAUUUGGAUAUUACGUGCAGGAAGAGAUCUCAUUGCAGGCUUGAUGAAAGUGAUGAUGUUCCUCCUGCCAAAAAUACUUUUCAUACUUCGAGAGAUGAUUGUCAAGAAUAUACUUCUGAGGUGUGUUCAAAGGAAUUAAUAAAUAUUUUUGAGGAAAGAGGGGAGCCUUAUAAGGGACAAAGUAUUUUUCCUACCUCAGGGAGCACACAUACAACUCCAGAACCUCAAAAUAAACAAGUUGAAUCAAGCUUUCAGAGUGUUGGGUCAAGAUCUCUUGAUAAAAUAAUAGAUACACAUAUAGAAAAGAAUAUGCUUCACUUACCUCAGAAUGAGAUGAUGAAGUCUGGUAAGGAAGAAAGAACCAAUGCUGCUUCUAAGACUGAACAAAAGGAUAACAGAAUAUCAUCUUCCAAAGCUCCACUCUCCAGACCUGGCAGAAGACCCCUGGGAUUUUUGUCUUUAAUUUGUUCAAAGAGUAGUUUGGAGUCUGAUGAACCUACUCAGGUCCAUAGUAAGAAGCGCCUAAAACCUGUCAUACCUGUGUCAAGACAGAAGUUGAAAAGAUCCAAUCCAUUCAGCGAAAGCCAGAAAAAAAAUCAGGAGUCCUCUGAUCUGCUUCCAUCUCCAAGUGUUGUUAAUAAUCAUUCUGAGAAUAUUGGCUGUUCGGCAACUCAGGUUUCUUCUGGUCAGCCUUCACUGAAGGAAGCAUGUAAAGGUGGCCAAAAGCAGAGACGUGAAGAGGAGCCAACCACAGUCUCUGAAUAUUUCUUCAGUGAUAUCUUCAUUGAAGUGGAUGAAAAAGAGUAAACAGUCUCUUGUUUGUUCUUUUUGUUUGUUUGUUUAAGCCUGGGAUUUCAGGGUCAAUUACAUCAACAAAGCAGUAUUUAGAGAAAAGCAUCACUGUCUAAUUUACUUUUGAGGUUGACUUUGAGUAUAUAAUGAGCUUGGUUGGAAGCUUUUGUAAUUAGUGAGAAACAUUUCUGAGGUUCCUUUCAUUGUGAUGAUUCAGCAUUUUGGAAAUACCAAGCAAUUAAGACUGCUUUCUCACACAGAAAUAGCAACUCUUGUUUACAUUUUUGACUCUUCCUGCGCUGACCACACAUGGACAUUUGAGAAUGUUGUGGAUAAAUUUCUCUGUAUCAAUCAUAGUGCUGAUGUAUUUGGAGGUCGUUUGUAUUGUAUGUAACCUUGAGAAACGUCCUUUUUUCCCCCCCAAAAAAACUAUUUUGUUAUUUUGUGUAUGGGAUGAUGAAGACCUUUUCAGUUGCCUCUGAGUACAGUCAUGUGCCACAUAACAGUGUUUCAGUCAACAACAGACUGCAUGUACGAAGGUGGUCCCAUAAGAUUAUAAUGGAGCUGAAAAGUCCUAUUGCCCAUUGUGUUGGAGCCAUUGUUUAGAUACACAAAUACUUACCAUUGUGGUAUAAUUGCUGACAGUAUACAGUACAGUAACAUGUUGAACAGGUUUGUAGUUGAGAAGCAAUAGGCUAUACUAUAUAACCUGGGGUUGUAAUAGGCUGUGUGGUCCAGGUUUAUGUAAGUACACUCUGUGCUGUUCAAACAACAGUGAAAUGGCCUAACAACUCUGUUCACGAAUCUUUAAACAACACAUGACUGUAUAUGAAAACAAAUUGUCAAACUCCACUUUAGUAUGGUAAAUGUUAAAAAACUUUUCUAUUACCAGCUAUUUGGCUGAAUGAAAAAUAUGUAUUUUUCUAAUUUGUAGUGUUAUAACAUUAACCCUAAUCGAAGAACUAGUAUUUAAGCUUAUUAUUUAUAAAGAUGAGACAUCAAAGAGCUUACUUAUAUUUAAAAGUUUUAUUUAGAAGGAUAUUCAGUUUUAGUUAUUUUUACCCCUCAGAUUGUGGGUAAAGCAGGCAUUAACAAAUUUGUUUGUCUCUUUUCCCUCUUUAAUUUUAAAAAUAUUUAAAAUGAUACAACUAAAAAUAUUUAGAUAGUAUAUAUGUUUUGAAUGUAUAUUUUUCUCGUUUAUUAUAUUGACUUUGUACUGUGAAUUUUUUUGUUCUUCUUAUUUCUUGGAUAAUCUCAGGAUGUUUCAUGGGGGGGGAUACUCUUAACUUUAUGAGGCAAAUUUCCAUACAAAACUCAUCUCCUUUCUGUAUAUAUAUGUACACCACACACAUUCCUUUUUAAAAAACUAAUUCUUGGCCAGGCAUAGUGGCUCACGCCUGUAAUCCUAGCACUUUGGGAGGCUGAGGCAGAUGUAUAACCUGAACUUAGCAGUUCAAGACCAGCCUGAACAAGAGUGAGACCCUGUCUCUACUAAAAAUAAGAAAACUAGCCGGGCAUGGUGAUGCACACCUGUAGUCCCAGGUACUCAGGAGGCUCAGGCAAGAGGAUCCCUUGAGCUCAAGAGUUUGAAGUUGUGAGCUGUAAUACCAUGGUACUUAACCAAAGGCAAUAGAAUGAGACUCUGUCUCAAAAAACAAAACAAAACAAAAAAAACAAAACAAAAAAACGCCAACCAAUUACUUCAUAGUUUUCCUCCCAUUCUGCUUAAGGAACACUUAGUCCUUUAAGCAUAAAGCACAACUGUGAUGUUCAAAACAGAAAAUAAGACUUUGUAAAGUCAGUGACUGUUAACAAAAUGAAUUAAGGUUUGUUUUUAAUUUCAAGAUUUUAUGAUUUAUAUAUUUAAUGCUAUUAUCUACCCAGGCAAAAUCUUUUGUGGUUCAAAUUAAACUUCUGAAAGAGCAUAUUUAUUCUGAUUUUAUUUGCCUAGCCUCCUGGGUUGGCUGGCAGUACAUUAGUUCGGAAGUUGGAAACUUUUUCUACAAGUUUGGGUUUGCAGGCCAGAGGGUCUCUGUGGCAGCCACUCAGCUUUGCCUUUGUUGUGUGAAAGUAGCCACAGGCGUGAAAGAACUGUGGCUGGAUUGGCCCCCACAUCAGAUGGUAAUUUUCUUACCUUAAGGUGCUGAUGUGUGUGUGUGAGUUAUUUGUCAUUGAAGUUGUGAGUUGUGCCUAAAAGUUGAAACUGUGUUGAUAACAUUAUGUAUGAUUAGUAUUUCAAUUGAGAAAAUAUUUUAAAGUCUAGGUAACUGUGUUUGUAUAUUGAAAAAAUGGUAGCCAGUUUUCAAGUUCCUUAGUAAAAGAGAAUGUCUCAGCAAGUUAAACAGUCAUGGUAAUUUAUUGAAACUAGUGCUGUUAGAGCACUUAUCCAUUGCCCGUUAGUGAUAUUUAUAGCUUAACUUUUUUUGUCAUAAAGGAGGAUCUAUCUGCAGUACUAUCUUGGGUAGAUUAAAAACAGAAAAAAGUUUUCAAAAAAGGACUUUUUAUAAUUCUGAGUAGAAAUUCUCUAAAGUAGGCAUUUAUUUAUUUCAUAUGAUUAAUAUAUCACAAAAAUCAUGGUAAAUUUUAAAAAAUAUCAUUCUGAAAAGAUUUCUUUCUCUAAUUAGUGUUAGUAAUUUGGGUGUUAUUUGCCAUGACUAAAAACUAUUUAUCCCUGUGUAAUAUUUAUUUUUUUAACUUUGUUAAUAUCUGUCUCUUUUUCAUCUAUAAUAAAUUUAUGGAAGAUGUAAUUUCUUGCUGUAUAAAGAAUACAGGCACGUUCAUUGUAUUAGAGCAGCAGUUCUCAAUCUGUGGGUUGUGACCCCUUUGUAACAAUGAAAAUACAUUGUGGCAUUAGGAAGGUUGAGAACAACUGUAUUAGAGAAUCAAGUCAACUGGCUAAAUUAUCUUGCUGUUAUAUCCUUAAAACUGAUCUUGGAUAAAGAGAAAUUUAAUCAGUGUAUUUACCUUGCAAGGUGGAAAGACAUUAUCUUAAGUCUGGUUCAUGUGAAGAGAAGAUGUUAGAAUGGAUUUGUUGUUUUAUAAAUUUUAAAGGAGAUGUGAUUAAAGGUUUUUAUCUUUUCUUGACUUUUCCUCCUGAAUGCUUACGUCUUAGCAAGUGAUCAACUUGUUGGUUUAAAAGGCUAGUCGUCGGUAAAUGAUUGAGGCACAGAUAAAAAUAUUAAUAUCCACUGUUUAUCAUCAUGUUAUUUGAAAUAGAAGUGACCAUGUAUACUACCUUGCUUGAGGAAGUCUUUGACAAAAAAAGCAAUAUCUAUAAUUUGUACAUUUUCUUGUUCUAAAGAAAGCAAUUGUUAUAUAUAUAAAUUAUGUAAAUAAAAGUUAUUUUAUACCAUU